CUGGAAGAAGUCCCGACACAGUACAACAACUUGGGCCUCAGAGAUAGCAGCUGCCAAGUGGAAGAGCUGCCUGAGCUCAUUCCAAAGGAUGUGAGAAGCAUCAGGGAUUUGUUAAUGAAAGAAACAUACACACAAGUCAAAGGUGCCACAUUCAUCCAAAAUCAGACCAUCGCUAUGCUGCAAUGCCUUGGGCCUGGAAGGAGAGUGAGAGUCAACCUCGUAUAUUCAGAAAGAAGGCCAGAGGUUAAGCACAUUCUGAAAAACCUCAGAAUCAUGGCCACUCCUGGCAGAAACAGGACUGCCUCCCCAAGCUGCCACCUAACACCCACAUCUGAGUUUCAGGCCGGAUUCCUUCUAACAGGCAAAGCUUUUUUACCAGGGAUCUCCCAGUGUAAAGUGUAUUCAGCGAUGGGAAGAUUGGCUUCAUCGGAGACCCUCCCCAUCUCUACUACCUCCACAACUUCUGGAAAUAAAGGAAAGAAAAUGACAGCCAUUUCAGACACAGAUGUGAGCCUGGAGAAGAGGCAGAAAUGGAGUGUUGUGAUCAAAGCUCUCAUUGCUGCUACUCUGCUGUUCAGUGGAGUUGUCAUUAUAGUAUUUGUCAUUUUUGAAGUCCCAUGCCCUAUUCGAUGCCUAGGAGCCAGAAGGCUAUGUCAAUGCCACUGGUGGUGGAAAAGGCAAAGGAAGGGAGACCAGCAACCUGGGACAACUGAGUCUCAGAAUGACCCUUCACCUGAGAAGGUUGGACAAGAUGCUUCUACCUCAUCAAACUCAAAGGAAGCUACAGGGAUCACUGUUAUCCAUCAGACAUAUUUCUGAAAAGUUCACUCUUCCCCUUUCUUCUACUCUGUCCUGUCCCUACUGUUGAUAUGGGAAGAUUCUUGAAAAUAUUACACUCAAAUCUUCAUCAGGACAUUAUAAGCAAUAAUGCAGGACAGUGGUGAAAAAGCCUAGCCUGAGCAGAGUAGACCCUCAUGACACUACUGACAUAGCCAUGAACCUCUGUGGUUUGCUGUCUACAUCUGUGAAAAAUAGAUAUCUCUCUAUUCCAUCAAAUGAAGAUGAAUGCCUUCUCUCCAAGCAUUAUAAAUGGUCCGUACUGCUUUCUCUCAUCAAAUACUUAAAUGCAACUUCCAAAGAACUGAGCCAGGCAGCUGAUAGUGUGAUACACAUCCAACUCCUCUGUUAUCCUUACGGCUUAUUUCAUGCUCACUGGAUGUCAACUAACCUACAGUGAGGAACUUUUUCCUCCCAGGGAAAUGUUCAUAGGGCUUACUGGAUAGCCUCUGCCACUACAUGUACAUGCCACUUAUAUGGUAAAAGGAACCUGGAACUAAGUACUCCAAAAAUCCCUCCUAAGUCACUCCCAAUAGGUUUAAGAACUACAGAAAAUAGUAUUCAAAUGAAAUCUGAAAAUCCAGAAUACCUAAAGUGGAACUGACAUUAUG